GCCAUCUUUGAUUGUGCGACAGGCCGCGGCGCGAGCGAGCGGGGCCUCAGAGAACCAGAAAAACGGUCUGACUCGAGAUAACGGGAGAGGAGAGACGCGGAACCACGGAACGACCGAACACAGGCUUCCUCCCCGCAUUAACGGCCGAACAGACAGAGCGCGACCGGCGGAGAAGAAACCCGCGAAGGAGAGGUUAGAGCGCCGCGUGCAUGUGGAGAGCGGAGCGGCUAACCACCGUUAGCCGAGCAGCUAAAAGGCUAACAGGCUAGCUUUUGUAAUCCGCCGGCCAGACACUCCGCCGUUCGCACCGAACCGGGAUACAACCGGAUUUCAAACCAGGCCACAUAGCAGAAGAAGGCACCGAGGAGGCAGCGGCAGGAGGCUGGUUCUGGGGGCGAGGCCAAAGGACCAGACUCAAUGAGUUUCCAGCGAAAUGUCCGAGAAGUCAGGGCAGAGCACCAAGGCAAAGGAUGGCAAAACAAAGUAUGCAACCCUUAGCCUCUUCAACACUUACAAGGGCAAAUCUCUGGAAACCCAGAAAACUGCAGUGGCUGCCAGACAUGGGCUCCAGAGUUUGGGUAAAGUUGCGGUUAGCAGGCGCAUGCCCCCUCCAGCCAACCUGCCCAGCCUGAAGGCCGAGAACAAGGGAAACGACCCCAACGUCAACAUUGUCCCCAAAGACGGCAGUGGCUGGGCAUCAAGAUCAGAGACCGGGGACGAGAGGCAACAGGAGACACCCCCGCCCCAGAACAAACCAGUGACGCUCCAGACUCAGGAGCAGACUGUCGGGGUGAGCCGAUCCUGGGCCAACAGCAAGCAGACACAGCUGGACGGGGCUCCACGUGUGAGCAGCCACUUUCACCAGGAGUUCCCCAGCCUGCAGGCAGCUGGCGAGGCGGAGAAAGGGGACGGUCAGGACGAGGAGCCUUAUGGACCUGGGCCCAGCCUGAGGCCUCAAAAUGUUGGCAGUUGGCGUGAGGGUGGAGGCAGGAAUCUGAACACUGCACCGAGCCCCCCCGAGAUGGACAGCAGGGCUGCAGAGGAGGGCAGCACUGGUCUGGGUACCACGACACCACCGGGGGAGGCUGAUGAUUCAGGGCGAGCUGUAACCACUGACUGUCAGAGGGAGAAGAGGGAGGGCAGGGAGAGGCCACCCCCCUCUGGACCCCCUCAGCCUAAACUGAAUGGGGGUCAGCAGCCUCCUGGGGGUGUGCCAACUCACUUUGACCCUGCCUUCAGAAGCAUGAUGCCACCUUAUAUGUUUCACGCGUAUCCUCAGAUGGCUUUUGGCUCAGGGCAAGGAAACUUCAGAUACCCUGUACCACAAGAUGGAGCGAAGGGUCCCCGCUCAUCUAGACCCCAGCAGCCCCCUCCUCAGUCAUGGCUUCAGGACCCAGACAGACCGUCCAUCGUCAGUGCGACUGAACUGAAAGAGCUUGAUAACUUAGACACUGAUGCCGAUGAGGGCUGGGCAGGUGCUCAGAUGGAGGUGGACUACACAGAGAAACUGAACUUCAGCGAUGAUGAGGAGAACCAAGCUGCUAAAGACAAAAGAGACAACUGGGAGUGGAUGGGUAAAGUGGAUCGUUUGAGACCCCGUCCAUCAGACGGUCAGGAGGUCUGGAAGGAGGGCUCUGAGGAUCUUGGGGGUGGUAAAACCUCCUGGGCUGAUGGUACGGAUGCCAGAGCACCAUCACCUGGCAGUAUGGGGCAGUACAGCAAGUCUGCUGCUCCACAGGACUUCCAGGCCAGUGGUCGUUCUGUUGGAGGCGGAGCUCCUCGCAGCGGUAAACCACAGGUGUCUGCAGCACCCCCUGCUGAUGAGGACUCUGAGGCUUGGCGACAGAAACGAAAGAAGCCCGCAGAGAUUUCUGAAGCUGUGGAGCGAGCAAGAAGGAGAAGAGAAGAGGAGGAGCGGCGGAUGGAGGAACAGAGACUGGCUGCUUGUGCUGAAAAACUAAAACGUCUGAAUGAAAAACACCGACAGUCAGCUGAGGGCAAACCCACUGCUGCCGAUGACGGAGGAGCUGCUCGUGAGGAAGCGUCUUCACCUGCUCCGACUCUGUCAUCAAGUCCUGGACCUUCAAUCCCAGUGUCACAAUCACAGACCUCCAUCAUGGCUGCUCCUUUGCCUGAGAGGGCAGAGCGAGAGCAGGAGAGGGUGGAACGAGACAGAGCAGAGUCCAGCUUGGAGGAGGAGAUCCACCUGCCUCCUCAGCCCAGCCCCCCUGUCCACAGACCGGUAACCUCAGCCCCAGAGCCGCAGAGCGAGGGCGAGGUCUCCCUGGGAGAGAUGGGCCCUCUGAUGGAGAAUAGCCAGGCUGAGCGGACAACAGUGCCUAUCAGAGAUUAUUUCAACAUGGAGGACAGCAGAGUGGAUGAACCCCACCUUUCUCUGCCUCACAUGGACCCCCCUGGUGGAGAGGACAUCUCUGUGGUUUCUCCACAGCUGGAAGGAGAAGCAGCGGCGGCGAUGCGUCCGUCUCUCACCUCAGGAUACUCUAAACAGUUUCAGAAGUCUCUGCCUCCUCGUUUUCUCAGACAGCAGGAGCAGAUGAAGCAGCAGCAGUGGCAGCAGCAGCAGCAGGGGGGUGGGGGCUCCAUGUCUCCAUCAGGCGCUGGAGGGGUUCCAGCCUCCCAGCAGCAGCACCGCUCCAUGUACCAGCCCAUGGGCCCCCACCACCAGCACCUUGCCUCCAUGGGGUUUGACCCCCGCUGGCUCAUGAUGCAGUCUUACAUGGACCCCCGCAUGAUGUCAGGAAGACCCCCCAUGGACAUGCCUACCAAUAUGCACCCAGGGAGAAUGCCUCCAAAGCAGAUCAUACGCAGAGAGCCUGGAGACAACUCCAGCUCUAGCUCUGACUCUUUCGACCAUCUUACCCGGCCAAUUAGAGACCAUGGCUUGCCCUCAGACUCCCGCAUCGUUUGGGGGUCAGAUCCUUAUCCACAGUCUGAGCCAUUACCGUCUGUGACUCCUCCCAAAGGACGGGACGAUAACAAAGAGCCCAGGAUGGACACUGGUCUGGAUCUGGACAGAGGUCUCCCUCCUAUGUACACCCAGGACCACAGUGCUUUGGACUCACAUAAAAAUAACUUCUUCCAGGACUCUUCAGACUCCCUAUCAGCCUUCACCCAGGGCCCAGAAAGUGCAACAGGGCCUAUGGACAGGGCCCCUGUCAGCUCAGCCUUUGACCCUGAGGAGCCUGGCCUCCCCAGCGGGGAGGAGGUGGAAGCUCUGGGACAGGCAAUGCUCCAGAGGAGUGUCUCUCAGGGCUCAAGCCACUCCCUGAAGCUGGACGAGCCCCGCUUUGAGGCUCUCCCUUUGGGAACAAAAACACUGGAGCUCCAGGACUCAGAGCGGUCCGAUGAUAAGCCUCAGACUGAACUCUACCCCCAGCCUGCUGUGAGCAGCAGCAGGGCUACACCUCCUGCCGAUGGAUUACACAAACAAGAGAAGUUGCCUCUGCCAGCACCCAGCAAGCAGAAAGCUGAGCUACGCUGGGGGGGCCGAUCAGGGGCUGGACGCAGAGAAGGACCUGGAGGGGAGAGGCCUGUCCGAAGAUCUGGACCCAUAAAGAAACCAGUCCUGAGGGACAUGAAGGAAGAGAGGGAGCAAAGAGAGGAGAGGGAGAAACGCCACGAAAGGGGGGAGAGAGGAGAGCGGUCCAAGAAGGAGCAGUCAAAAGCGCCCUCUGCCGCUGCCGCCGUGUCAGACGCCUCCAGACCUCAGAGCGAGAGCAAAAGAGAUGCUGCAGAGGCACUAGAGGGAGAGAGAGUGCGGGACUCUCAGCCCUCAUCUGGAGCUCCCACCUCCUCGUCUCAAGAGGAGAAAACUGACAAACUACCCAGCAAUGACAAACAUCCAGAGCCUAAACUGCCCUCCAGGAAGGAGUCCAACCUGCCACCGCGAGGCUACCGCCGGGACGAUAGAGAGAGAGAGCGGGACCGGGAGAGAGAGCGGGACAAAGACAUGGACAAGGACAGGGACCGAGAGUGGCCUGGAGACUCAAGCUUCAAAGGGCGUGGUCGAGGGGAAUAUUACUCAAGGGGCCGGAGCUACAGGGGGACGUACAGUGGCCGAGGCAGAGGGAGUCGGGGUCGAAGCCGGGCAGAGUACCCAUACAGGGAGCCUAGAUCUCGCUCUGAUCUCCCAUCUGCCGGGGGUGCUGCAGCAUUUAGAAAUAGAGAGGAGAGCGAGACGCGCAGUGAAAGCUCUGACUUUGAGGUCAUUCCUAAACGUCGACGGAGGCGGGGCUCAGACACCGACUCUGAGAGCGAAGGGGGCCGGGAGUCUGCCAGUGAUACGGGGCCCUCUGACCGGGAGCCCAGCACCAAACCCAGCCGUCCUCUUAGGAGAGAGCUUCCAGGGGAUGCUGGCUCAGGGCCCCAUAAACCAGGCUUUGGGGCCCCUCAUCUGGGGGAAAAAGGGGCCCUGAGAGGGGACGACGACAGCAGGCCAAAGCCUGGCUUUCUCCCUAAAGGAGAGCCAUCGAGGCGAGGGCGAGGAGGUCUGUACAGCAGGAGAGGAGGAGCCAGGGAGCGCGGUGGCCCCCGUUCAGCCCCGCUCAGACGGGCUCCAAGAGACUCCUCCUCCCAGUGGCCCUCCAAACCAAUGGAGACAUUCAGACCUGAAGAUGCCGAGUCCACACCCAGAUAUGACAAUCACCCCACUGACCGACGGCCCCCAAAACCUGACGGGAAGAAAUUUGGGGACGGGGCCCCUCAGAGUAGUAGAGAAAGACCCCGUAGAUCUAGACCAGCACGGCCCCCGAGGCAGGAUAAACCCCCUCGCUUCAGACGGCUGAAGGAGCGGGAGGCUGCAGUGUUAGCGAGUGGUGAGACGGCACCCAGCCCCCCAGUCCCUCUGCUCCCAGUGCCUGCUGCUGCUCUCCCAAGCUCUGCCCCCACCCAAGUGUCCCUGUCCCCAACCCUGUCCAGAGCUCCAGGGACACCUCUCACUGUGCCUGCAGAGUUAGCAGCCUCUGCCCCUGCCCCAGACCUCCCCUCCCCCACAGAAGCCCCCCUCCCUGAGUCCAGCAGCCCCCCCAUUACAGCCGUUGGCACCAAGUCCCCCGACCUGUCCAAUCAGAACUCUUCAGACCAGGCCAAUGAGGAGUGGGAGACAGCAUCGGAGAGCAGCGACUUCAACGAGAGGAGGGAGCGUGAGGAGAGGAAAGGAGCACAGGAGGCUGAUAAGGAAGCAGCCGCUGCCUCAGCUGCCCCACCUGCCCCUCCACAGGGAUCUCUUACCCCAAACAAAAGUCCCCCUGACGGAGGAGUGGCCCCCAAACGUGAAGGAGCUCCUGCAGCCAAGAGGAGUUUCUCCAGCCAGAGGCCGACAGAGAGACAGAACCGGAGAGGAAACAGUGGAGCCAAACCGGGCCGGAGUUACACAGGGGGCAAAGGAGAGAGGAGGGGAGGGACCAAAGCUGGCCGCAAAGGUCCUACAGCUCAGCAAAAUUCUGAGUCAACACAAUCAGCAGCAGGAGGGGCAGCUCAGAGGUCUGCUAAGGAUCAGCCUGCUCGUCGCAAAGAUGACGCCAAACAGGCCGCCAAGAAGCCCAAAGAGAACGCUCUCUCCCAGUUUGAUCUCAAUAACUAUGCCAGUGUCGUUAUCAUUGACGACCACCCAGAGGUGACCACCACCGAGGACAUGCAGUCUAGCACCAACGAUGACGGCUUUACCGAGGUCGUCUCACGCAAGCAGCAGAAACGCCUUCAGGACGAAGAGAAGAGGAAAAAGGAGGAGCAGACCACUCAGAACUGGGGUAAAAAAGGCUGUGGUGAGAAGAGCAGAGGAGGAGGGGGAAAGCUGCCCCCAAGAUUUGCCAAAAAGCAAUCGUCACAACAACAGCAACAACAACAACAACAACAACAACAACAACAGACGGCCUCCCAGCCCCAGCCUCCUGUCACCUCCACCCCCCAGGCCCAGCAGCAGCCCCCCAUCUCUGCUCCCCAGCAUCCUCACCUUCCUCCCUCCCAGCCCUCUGCGUCUCCCCAGACUCUGGAAGGAGCUGUGCCACUGCCCUCCAUCCCUGCCACUGUGGACUUCCCCUCAAAGAGCCUGCCCCCUGCCCCCACUCCAGCGCACAGCACUCUGGGUACUGAGCUGUGGGAGAACAAGGUUGCAGGAGCUGCUGUGCUGCCUGACGUCAAAAAACUCGGUCCCAUCAGCCCUCCUCAGCCUCCGUCAGUGAGCGCCUGGAACAAACCCCUUACCUCCUUCACCGGCACCGUCUCCUCUGAGGGUGUGAAGCCUGGAUCAGAGGGCGCUGCUGUGGAUCUGGCCAUCGACAGUAUUCAGUUUGGAGCGCCGUCGUCUGCGGGCAGCACCGACAGCGAUGGUGUUCCAGCGCUGCUAGAGAGCGGCUCUGAAAACAAACUACCUGCUCCCAAAGAACAGAGACAGAAACAACCUCGAGCUGGACCAAUCAAAACCCAGAAGCUUCCUGAAAUGGAACCAGUGGAAACAAAGGAGUACAAGCCUGGUCCCAUUGGCAAGGAGCGCUCUCUGAAGAACCGCAAGGCCAAAGACACCCGGGGAGGAGAAGGGGAGGUGAUGGAGGGAGGAGUCCCAGGAGGAGGUGGCAGCAGAACCACUGACUCCAGUCCUCCCACAAGUGACGCCACGGUACCCGAGCUGGGAGGAGACAUCGAGGGCAUGAUCACAGUGCCCUCAGCAGAGUACAACAGUAACUCUAAGGAGUCUGUCACUGACUACACCACGCCCUCCUCCUCGCUGGCCGACAGCGUUCCUACAGGAGGAAACAAAAUGGAGGAGAGUUUGGUGGCAAACGUGGCUCUGCCUCACUCCCUGCCCCUCCCUCGUCGAGAAACGCUGCAGCAGAGCUCCAGCCUCAGCACUGUCUCUCCUGCAACAGUGGACCUAACACUAAAGAUGGAAUCGGCUCGGAAAGCGUGGGAGAACUCCCCCAGUUUGGAGAAAAACUCUCCGGUCACCUCGUCGUCCUCCCCCAUCACAUCCUGUGCGUCUUCAUACUCCACAUUCUCUUCAGCCUCCAUGCCUCAGAUCCCUGUGGCCUCUGUGACCCCCAGCACCUCCUUGUCAGGUUCUGGUACAUACACGACGUCAUCCCUCAGCACUAAGACCACCACGGCCUCUGACCCCCCAAACAUCUGCAAGGUGAAGCCUCAGCAGCUGCAGGGUGGGGGUCUGUCCUCCUCCAGCUCCAGCAGCAGCAGCAGCUUCUCUCAGCUGGGCUGUGUGCCCCCCCUCCUGCCCCAGCAGCAGCAGACCCCCCAGGUCUACGUCUCUCAGUCUGCAGCAGGUUCUGCAGCUCAGAUUCCAGCCUUCUACAUGGACACUAGUCACCUCUUUAGCACCCCACACCCCCGCCUGGCUCCGCCCUCUCUGGCCCAGCAGCAGGGCUUCCAGCCUGGCCUCUCACAGCCCACAGCAGUGCAGCAGAUCCCCAUCCCAAUCUACGCCCCGCUGCAGGGUCAGCCGCAACACCAACACACACACCAGGCUCAGCUGGGACUCAGCACGGGACCCCCAGUCUCCCAGCCCCAGGACCUGUUCAGCUCCUCUCUGCAGCCUUACAGGUCCCAACAGGCCUUCAUGCAGAGCAGCCUCUCUCAGCCUUCCAUGAUGCUGUCAGGACCGUCACUGCACAGUUACCCCGGCGUGCAGGCACCCGAGCUGGGCAAGCCUCAGUCUAAUCUGGCCUAUCAGCAGCCUUCCUCCACCCAGCACAUCCCCAUCCUGUUUGAACCGCAGCUCAACCAGCCGUCGGGUAUGGGAGGCUCCCAGCUCAUUGACACUCACCUGCUGCAGGUAUCCAGGCUGCUGACGGCUCGACAGGGGAUGAACCAGCACUCUAACAUGUACUCUGGACAGGUGCAGCAGCAUGGACAGAGCAGUUACUAUAGCAACACGCAGUCACCCAGCUCCGCCAUGCAACAGGUGACUGUCCCUCUGCCCAGCUCUCAGCUGUCUCUGCCAAACUUUGGCUCCGGUGGCGGUCAGCCCCUCCUCGCUCUGCCCCCCACCCCUCCUCAGGCUCAGCCCCCCAACAUCAGCCGACAACCCCCGGUGUCCCAACCGUACAGAGGGAUCAUGGGCCCAAACCACAGCAUGAUGCAGCCACCCACCAACAAGAUGGACAUGGACCUGAAACUGUUCGGCAGUGGGAUGGAUGUAAAACCUGGAACACCUCCUGUCAGCGCCAGGAGCACCACCCCCACCUCCAGCCCCUACAGGGCAAGCUCAACAUCCCCCAGCAGUCAGUCCAGUAAGAUGAACAGUAUGCUGUACCAGAAACAGUUUCAGCCCAGCUCAGCCGGCAUGAGGAUGACCCAGCACUUCCCAGGACAGUUCAACCCACAGAUUCUCUCUCAGCCCAACAUUGUGUCUCCACUUGUUCGGCCUCCUCAUGCUAACUCAUUUGCUGGAGGUGUUCAGCGCUCGCCCAUGGGUCCCCCGAUGUCAGCUAAUGUGGGCGGCGGUCUCAUGCCCCACCCUCGACCCCAACAUUCGCAGCACCCACAGCACAGCCAGCACACUCCCCGAGGACCUUCUGGCCCUCCCCUGGGACCCCGAGGAACACAGGCAGCUCUGAAGGCUGAACAGGACCUGAAGGCGAAGCAGCGGGCCGAGGUGUUGCAGUCCACCCACAAGUUCUUCUCAGAGCAGCAGCAGCAACAGCAGCAGCUCAAAGCCUCCCCGGUAAGCAAAGUGUCCCGCCUGGACCAGGGAGGGAAGCCCCCCGUCGACACCUCAGCCCCCAACCACCAGUCCGGAGGAGAACGCCCGGAUUCUGACAAACCGCCCGUCUCUGCGGCCAAACCAAUCCGGACGGGCCCAAUCAAACCGCAGGCCAUCAAACCAGAAGAGGGCAAGUAGAGAGUGGGUCAACUCUCUUCAGAUGACCCCGCACGGAUGGAAGAGAGGAGUAGAGUCCCCGUCACAUAUCAGCCUGGGGAGGGGGAGGAGGGUGAUGGCUGUCCUGGUCUUUCUCCCCCCUCAUCCCCCUGCAGGUGGGGGCCCUUCAGCUGGAUUCUUCCAUGGUUGAAAGGAGAUAGACUUCCUGACGAGGCUGUAGAUCUACAGAGCGUAGAUCAGAGAGCUGGACAACAGAUUCCAGAGAUUUGCUGCUGAGUUUCUAGCUCUUUGAUUUCUUUGUUUUCAGGUAGGAUGUGAUGUUAGACGAGGAAGAACCAAUCAGUUUGUUUUUGUAGUCAGAACAAUCCGUCACUUUGUGUUCUCCAUAACUAAUCCAGACGUCUGAGCGUCUCCUCACUCACUUGACGGUUUGAUCCACAACCAAUCAGAUCACAGACUCUGUCCUCGUUUCUUUCAGUUCGAUUUUCAGGAUGGGAAUGUGAAAUCGCAGCGGUUAAUUGACUUUGAUUGAUUAUUGAUUAGUCUGCCUGUGAGCCUUCUUCGCUCCUGCCUUCUGCUCUUCAUCUCCUGCCUGAGAAUCACCUGCGUGUGUGCGUUUGUGUGCGUUUGUGUGGGGUGUGUUUGUCGCUCGUGUUUAUUUAGCCAAAGGUUAAAGCAGCGCAGAGAUGAUGUCACAGCCCUGUAGGACACUGUCGCCAUGGCAGCAGAGUAUGGUUCCACAGUAUGAUCACUACAUGCUGCUGUCACCCCGCCAUCACCACUCACGCCCUGCCCACAAACAUACAGUCACUGUAGAGCCCCCAGAGCUGCUGCUAUGACUGAGCAGUGCCCUUAGCUAGCGUUAGCGGGUAGGGCUAAUUAGAGGAGCGAAAUCGUAGAGCGUGCGUCUGCCCACCCUCAAGACGAGGCGAUGGAGGCGAGAGCAGGAGGAGCCGUGAUGUUGGGUUUACUGACCAGAGCGAUCAGUGCCGUUUCCCGUCUCUGCCUCACCUCCGCUGGCUCGCUCGCCCUGCCCACGAUGCUUUCAUCAGGGAUGUGGAGAUGGGUCCUUCAGAGAUGUACAGUAGUAUGCACCCAGAGGGGGGUGGGGGGGGGUGGUUCGGUCCUCCUCACCUCGACCCAAGGGGGAGAGUCCUUACUGUGGAGGAGGGAGGGAGGGGAUGAUUAUUUUCUUUGUUUUUGUUGAACUUGUACAGGGGUUUCAUCGCUGUAUUAAAAUAUGUACGGUCUUAUUUACAUUCUCUCGGUUUGGUUACAGAAACUAAUAAAAAUAAUAUACUGUUCA